AUGAACUUGUCUCGAAUAUUGAAUCCCGACACUUCCUCUCGACAUCAUAAUCCUCACAACUGUUACAUUAAUCCAAAUGCAACUACACAAGUGCUUAUCCAACUCCCACUUCUUGAACUCAUAUUUUCCUUCAUCAAGCCAUCCAAUUUUUCGGCCCUCCGCUCGAUCUGUCUAGUGAAUCGACUAUGGUGUCGCGCGGCCAUCCCAUAUCUCUGGAGUUCACCGUUCUCGUCAGAUAUAAACAUCGACCGUCUAUUAGACAUCAUGUCAAUUUAUGUGUCGUGUUUGGAUGAGAACUCUCAGAUAUCAUUAUUACAAUUGCGAACCGAAAAUGUGUAUGCCGAACCUCAUCCGCACAAUAAUAUGGAAAAUCUACAGAUUGCGAAUCGGUAUACGCGAAUCUUGAGAUUACCGCCGAGACCUCCGCCCAUAUUUAAUUAUCCGCAAUUCACGAGGUCGCUGAAUGUAUAUUUGUUGUGUAAAGUUAUAAAUGAAUGGCUGCGCACCACCAUUGUCAUAAUGGAUCUUUCGGGAAAUUCGAUUUAUGGAAACAAUGAUAAUAGGACAAACCAGAUUGAGAUGACUCGCGAACUCUUCAAGCACUUCGUAACACGAGCUACCCGUCUCACUCAUAUAAAAUUCGAUUCCUUUGCUGAGUACAGUUUUCUUCAUACCAUCUUUCUUUAUUUCUGCACCCACCAAUUAUCACUUGACUGCGUCGCUGCGCUUCCUCACAUUACCACCUUGGACUUCGAUGUCUUUAACAUCUCGCACGAUCUCCUCUCAGAAUUCUCCGCCCGCUGUAAAAAUAUAUCUUCUUUAUACAUUCGCUCUUGCAACUUCUCGAAAUCCACACACGGCCUAUCUCGAUUAAUCACCAGUCAACGAUCCAUUCGUCACCUUCAUUUGGAAAACAUCACGGUGACACAAAAAGUGAUCGCAUCCAUAAGUUUUCACGUGACCACAAUUGAGAGUUUGACAUUAGUUAAUGUGUCGGUUGUUGACAGCAGUGCAUUGUGGUAUUUGAUCUCACAUUCCCGCCUAAAAAAUCUGACCAUUGAUUUCUUAUUUUGUCAUCCGGAAACUUACGACAAUUUGAAGCCUCUGUGGAGUUUGCGUUUCCCGGAAAUGCGUAAAUUCGAAUUAAUCGGUAAACCAUGUAAAAAUACGGAAAAAUCGGUGAUGGAUAACACACGUGCCUUCUUGGAAUUGAAUGGGCAGUCGAUGAGGGCAUUGGACUUGGAUUUGAAUCAGAAAAUCUACAUUAAGAUACUCCCAAUAGUGGGGGAGAGAUGCACACAAUUGAGGAAUCUGACGGUGCGUAGUUAUAACUCGUGUGAUAAAUCGCUGGGAAAGAUGUUGAAGGGCGCGAACAUGAAAUUGGAAAAGUUGAAGGUGGCAAGGAAAUGUUAUAACCGAUCGAAAAGUGAUUUGCUGUUGGAAAAUUGCGAAUUGCCUCCGCUCAGGGAAUUGAAAGGGACAAGGUGGUUAAGGUAUUUGGAUUUAUACAUGAGCUUAGACGCGGAUUUCGUUGAACAACUCCUUGAUGGCUGGGAGGCUCCAUUGGAUGAACGACAGGUUGCGAAGGCGUUGCGAGAGAAGAGGGGUGAAAAAAAUAGAUCUGACAGAUUCAGAGUGUCUGUGGUUUGGUAUGAGGGUGUUGAGAUUGACAAUGCAUAUCGAGUGUGGAUUCUCCCUCUUCUGCAGAUAUUAACGAUUAGUGUAUCCGGCCGGGCAAUAAUCAUGAUCAAAGAAUAA